AUGGCCCAGAAUGAAGUUGGUGAACCGUCCAAAGAAGAAAAGGCAGUGGCCAAAUAUCUCCGCUUCAACUGUCCCACAAAAUCCACAAAUAUGAUGGGUCACCGGGUUGAUUAUUUUAUUGCUUCAAAAGCAGUUGAUUGCCUCUUGGAUUCCAAAUGGGCAAAGGCCAAGAAAGGAGAGGAAGCUUUGUUUACAACUCGAGAGUCUGUUGUUGACUACUGUAACAGACUGUUAAAGAAACAGUUCUUUCAUCGAGCAUUAAAAGUAAUGAAAGUGAAACUUGACAAAGAUACAAAGAAAGAAAAAGAAAAAGAAAAGGGAAAAGCAGAAAGUGGGAAAGAGGAAGAAAAAAGAAGCAAGAAAGAAAGUCUAAAGGAUGAAAAGGCAAAGAAGGAGAAAGAGAAAAAAAAAGAUGGCGAAAAGGAAGAGUCAAAAAAGGAGGAAACACCAGGGACACCUAAAAAGAAAGAAACCAAGAAAAAAUUCAAACUUGAACCACAUGAAGAUCAAGUGUUCUUGGAUGGAAAUGAGGUAUAUGUGUGGAUCUAUGACCCUGUCCACUUUAAAACGUUUGCCAUGGGACUAAUUCUUGUGAUUGCAGUAAUUGCUGCAACCCUCUUCCCUUUGUGGCCAGCAGAGAUGCGAGUAGGUGUUUAUUACCUCAGCGUAGGAGCGGGCUGCUUUGUAGCCAGCAUUCUUCUGCUUGCCAUUGCUCGCUGCAUACUGUUCCUUAUCAUUUGGCUCAUUACCGGAGGAAGACACCAUUUCUGGUUCCUACCGAAUCUGACCGCUGACGUGGGCUUCAUCGACUCCUUCAGGCCUCUCUACACACACGAAUACAAAGGACCAAAAGCAGACUUAAAGAAAGAGGAGAAAUCGGAAGCCAAAAAGCAACAGAAAUCUGACAGUGAAGAAAAAUCAGACAGUGAGAAAAAGGAAGACGAUGAGGGGAAAAUGGGAACUCUAGGAAAUAAUGGAACAGAGGGCUCGGGUGGAGAGCGGCAUUCCGACACAGACAGUGACAGGCGGGAGGAUGACCGAUCCCAGCACAGUAGUGGCAAUGGGAACGAUUUUGAAAUGAUCACAAAAGAGGAACUCGAACAGCAAACAGAUGGAGAUUGUGAAGAGGAGGAAGAGGAGGAGGGAGACGACGAUGAUGACGAACCAGCUAGACCUACUUCAUCUGAAAAAUCAUAAAUGUACUCUAUGGGGACUGAGUGUGUGCAAGUGGUUGGAUUUUCUAUGUUGGCUGAUCACCAAAACAUACGUAUAGUGUUUGCAGUAGUCUUUAAAUCAGUUUGCUGAGAUCUAUUUGACGUCCAGGCAAUUCUAUUCAGUUUUUUAUUUUAUAGACUACUAACUUUUUUUUUUUUUUUUUUUUUGGUACAAUCUUAAGUCACUAAUACAUAUAUUUAACAAUUUUAUCCAUUUAACAAAUAUUCUGGCAGUAAGUAGCUUUUAUUCCUUUUUGAUAGUUGUCAAAGAUGUAGUUAGAAUAAUGGCAUUUUUGAGCGCUGUAGAGCUUCUUACUGUUAGACAUGGCAGAAGAGAUGAAAAUGAAAGACCAAAAUGUCAGGUGAUGCACAAUUAAGUAGCUAUUUAUGAAUUUUAUUUUUAGGAUGAAAUGAACACAUAACUCAUGACUCUUGAAACUUAAGCUCUAUUUCUUCAUUUUCAUAAAGUUGUACCAGAAGAUUUCUUUAGGAUUCAGAGUUAGCAAUUAUUUGCUUAAGAUAGGCCAAUCGGUAAUGAUGCAACACAAUUUUGUUUAGCUCCCAAUUCUGUCCUUUUAACUUUCAACUUAGGAAAUCCAAAUUCGUUUGUACAUCGAGUUCAGAGAGGAAUGGUUUUCUCCAGCAGAGGAAAGGAAAUAGCCUGAGUUGGAAAAUGAAGGCUGUUCUUUCCUUUCCCAUCCACUUCCCCCAUAUGAGAAAGCAUUCUGUACAUAAUUUACAAAUAAAACAAACCUUUUAUUUUAAUUGUUACUUCUUAUUUAGCCAUUUUCUCAGCACUUCAAUUUGUACAAAAUUCAGACCAUUUAAAGAUAUGUUUUUAGAGAAGCGCAAGUCCUGAUAUUCCACAGACCAUCUGCGCGCGCGCGUGUGUGUGUUGGGUGGGUGUGAGGCUGUGUGAGUGUGUGUGUGUGUGUGUGCGGGAGCGCGGCUGGUGUAUUGAUCUCUCCACAGCAGCUGCAGCUUGGUGCCAACAUUCCAUGUGAUUGAGCAGACUUAGAGCAGCUGUUUGCACGCCUUUGUGUUCAUUGAUUUAUCUUAAAUUUCUACAUUCAGAAACUGGAGUACUGUAUUAUGAAAUUAGGAGGCACUGCUGUGAAAGAGAAUUUGCUGUUCUAAAGUACCAAUUAAAAUAAAGAACAUAAAAAUGACCAGUUUGACAGUCAGUGGCUCUAAUUGAUUGCUACUUUGGAGCAGUUUGAAUUUUGAUUUCUACUUUUGUCUCGCAUCCUUAUUUACUGUUCUUUGAACAAUACGUUGUGUUUAGUUCUAUAAACAUUCAAGAUACUUGACAUCAUUCCUCUGAAGCUGAAAUAACGAAAACAGGUUUGGUUCUUUCCCCCAGCCGCUGUGAGAAGUUAUCCUUAGUACUGCUUCGCAAAUGGAAUCAUUUAUUUACAGACCUUUAUUUUUACUCUUUCGUUACUUUCCGUUUAAGUAUUAUCGCUGAAGGGGGUGUUGAAUGUUUUCCUAAUUGUGCAAAUAUACAUUUUUGUGUAUGUUGGUAAACAUUUCGUAAAUGUGGCCUGAUUGCUUCAUCCUAAUAGUCCUUGUUUGUGAGCAGAAAUGUGGCAUCUGAUCUCUUUAAUGCAUCUCUGUGGAUGCUGCCAUUAGUUAUUUUAAGAACAUUGCCCCUGACCAACGUUGAUUGAUUUUAGUGCCUGAGUGCUUUCUCGCUGUUGACUUUUGUGGGGCUCAGAUUCUCACUUCUUUAAUUAGGUACAAUUUCAGCUGCCCAGAAUUCUCUCUCUCAGAUCGGCCACAACUCUGAUAAUUACUCAAACACAAACAGCAAUUCUGUCUUGUUGCCAGUGAUUCUAGAUUAAUCAAUGGCAAUAAGAAUUGGGCAACAUUCUCCUAUACACCUCAGAUUUUGUCCAAUUCUGAGGUCACUAACAUCGGUAAUCUGUAUUUGGGUAUAAAAUACUAACAUUUGUUUUUUUUUUCCCAGGAAUUAUAAAUUAUUAGAUAAUCCUUAUCAGUAAUAAAUACAAAGGCACUUCAAACUGUAAUUUUGUCCUAUAACUGUUUGUAAUAUCUGCUUGGUGUCUAGUCUUCAAAAACUAUUUGGGGGAGUAGCAGCAGCUAGGAAAAUUUGAAUUUUGUUGGUGUUUAUGGAUUCUUAUAGUAAACUGAUUGCUGGUUUCGCAAAUAUUUUGAUGACCACUGGAAAACAGUCUGCGAAUCUAACUGUAGAAAAUGAUUUUAGGGGUAACAGCUCAGUACCUUUAUUCCUGUUCAAAGGUGACAUUUAAAGGAGUGAGUAUAUGAAAAUCAAAGAGCUGUCAACAUUGCACCCUACUGAGGAGUAGAUGAUUAUCCUUAUGAGCCAAAAAAAAUAAACAGCUCUAUUAUUACUAUGAAAGAUUGCUUCCCUUAGUCUCUUCAACUUGAAGAUUGGAGUGAUGAGUUUUAAAAAACACUCUUCUUUAUAAAGCUCUAAGUAGAAGAAAAAUGAGACAAUUUGAGUUAUUUUGGAAUGGGUGCCGAUGGUAUAUCUAAAAUUGAGCUUUAAACCGAGGGAGGAUCCAGAUAGUUAUGACACUCAAGACAAUAAUGAAUAUGCUCAUUGUGAAAAUAAUCCUAAAAUUGAUGUAUUUGAUAUAUUGUUUUUUUUUCCCUUUCCCUCCCACCGAUUUUGACUUCUAAUUUCCAAACACAAUGCCUGUCUUUGGACAACUUUAAUAAUUGGAAUAAUUUUUAUUUAGUGGCAUACUACUCCAUUACUAUAUUAAAAUUUCUUCAUUGCAAUAAAAGUAAGCAGUGGUGAUGGG